CUGUGAUGUAGGAGGGACUCAUUAACCCUGAGGGUGUGUACAACAUUACCACACACUUUCCUCAACAUUUACUUUCCUGGAGCUCGACACGUCUCUGCUGCUGCUGUGAUAAACAGAUACCUUAUAAACUUUCAUUAUCAAUCCACACAUCGACUGUAAUGGAUUAAAGCGCAGAGACGAGCACAUUCAAACAUUAAGGCGCGUGGAAGUGUUUCAGUCCGUAAAGAUGCUUCAACAGAUACUGACAGACAUGUACAUCGAUCCAGAUCUGCUCAACGAGCUGAAUGAAGAGCAGAAACAGAUUCUCUUCCUUAAGAUGAGAGAAGAACAGAUCAGAAGAUGGAGAGAAAGAGAAGCGAGACUGGAGAAAGAGGAAGCGGCACGUGUAAAAGAUAAAAAAGUUUCAGGUAAGAGUGUAUCAUGGAUGAAGGGUCUGGAUGGUGAUGUAUGGAUUUGGGUGAUGGGAGAGCAUUCAGCUGAUAAACCGUACGAUCAGAUCUGCGAUGAGAUUAUGAGCGAGAGAGCAGCGCUGCAAGCACAGAGAGAAGCUGAACACAUCAGGGCGAAGAAAGAGGCCGAGCUGGAGAAGAGGUUUUCAGGAGUCUAUGUGGAGCCGGAGCAGAUUGUGUUGAAGGAACGAGAAGUGGAUCAGGAGAAGAAAAGACAGAUUUCUGCUCUAGAAAAGAAAAAAGCUGAGGAGAAAAUCAAGAAGCAGGAGGCAGAGGAGAGACGUCGAGCUGAGGAGGAGCUCCGGCGGCUGGAGGAGGAGAGAAAACAACAGAUUUACAUGAGUCUGAAGGAAGUGCAAAAGAACAAACAAACCCAUGAUGAGGACGAGAAAGAGUGGCAGAAUACAUUGAAGAAGUCUAAAGCCGCAGACCUGCGCAGACGAUCCCUGGCCAAACAAACCGUAGAGGAUCACCGCAGACGCUCGGUGAAAGCUCUAGAAAGAGGAAGAGUUGCGGCCGUGACCAAAGCCUUCGGUGAAGUAAACACAACUGCUCCGCCUAAACCUAAACCCAGAAACAACACCAACACGCCUGUGACCACCCAACAGAAGCCAGGAAUCCGAAGGUCAUUGUCAGUGUCUAGUCGAGAUCACAUUAUACGCUGGUUUCAAGAGGAACAGUUACCCCUCAGAGCAGGCUUUCAACAGGACCACAGCAGGAUCGCACCCUGGUUUCAUGGUAUAAUAUCUCGGGAUGAGGCCGAAGCGUUGUUGAAUGAGGGUCAGCCUGGUCACUUCUUGGUGCGGGUUAAUGAGAGAAUCUUUGGUUACGUGCUUUCAUAUCGAUCCAGUGAAGGAAUCAAACAUCUCCUCAUUGAUGCCUCAGACAACUGCUAUAUGCUGCUGGGAGAUCAGAUGAAGUUUAGUUCACUUACAGAACUGGUGGAAUAUCAUCAGGUGGAGCCGCUGCCCCCGUUUGGUGUGGAAUAUCUACUGCAUGCAUGUGGACAGAGACCCGGUGCUGCAGACUACACAGAUUUAUUCACAUCACUCACGCAUAAACAAACGUCUGCCUAACACUGUAAACACAUCUACUGUACUGCACUGUGACAUCACCAGUCAUCAAAUGAUCAAUACGGUCUAAUUACACAACCUUUGUUCAUGUGUGCAAUAUUGUCCACGAUUCUGUUUACAGUUGUUAGCAGCUCAUUUACAAUAGUAUUCAAUUUAAUUCAAUGUUCAUGAUCAUUUAUAUUUAUUCAUAAACAUAUUUGUGUAAUAUCAGUUUUAAAAGCUCAAAGUAAACAUGAUGCUUGUUCAUUUUGUUAAAGGAAUAGUCUACCCUUUUGCCAUAUUAAACUAUGUUAUUACCUCAAUCUAGACAAAUUAAUACAUACCUAUCUUUUUUCAAUGCGUGCACUGUACAGCGCGUUGUGAAUUUGUUAGCAUUUAGCCUAGCCCCAUUCAUUCCUAUGGUACCAAAAAGAAGUUUUAUUUUGUGGCACCAUACUUACUGGUAUAACUCUUCAUGUCUUUAAAUAGGGAAAACACGAAAGUGUUUGGUGGCUUCCCUGUUUGGUACCAUAGGAAUGAAUGGGUUUAGGCUAAAUGCUAACACAUUCACAACACACUGUACAGUGCACGCAUUGAAAAAAGAUAGAUAUGUAUUAAUUCGUCUAAGUUGAAGUAAUAACAUAGUUUAAUAUGACAAAAGGGUAGACUAUUCCUUUAAACUAAUCUAGCAGUUGAUGACUAUAAGCACUCUUCAUGUUCAAGUACAAGACGUUCAUCUUUUUAACCACAUCACACAUUUUCUAAUGAUGUGGUUUUGCUACUCUUGACACUUUAUAAUAAAGUUUGGUUGUGAUAUGAACAAUGAACCACUACUGUUUAAUGUACCCGAAAUGCAAACCUUACGCUGUACUUCUUGUUAACUCCACAAAUAUUAAAUAUUUAACGAUUA